AUAUAUAUAUAAGCGGUGUAUAUAUAUAUAUAUGCGAGACGAGAAUUUAGACGAGGUAGGCAGAGGGGUUUCCGGCGAGCGUUAACAGAGUAACAGAGUGAUGUAAUGAGGCCCGGAAGCAGGCAAUUUGCUGCCCGCGGCGGCCACAGUUGUGCGAGACAACCUGCCCGGAGUACCUUCUUCUUGAUACCGCGGUCCAGCUCCAUCUCCGUAUCGGACACCUGGCCGAUAAGCCCGCGUGAAAGUGAUGCUGCGAAAACGCGCGGACGGGGUAAAACAAUACUGCGUAGCGAUCGCGCGCGAGUGCGUGUGAAGGGAAAUCGUCUCGGCGCGCGCGUCGCGCGGAGCGCAAUUAUAUCGUAUGAUGAACGCGCGGCCCGCUGACACAACGUUGUUUUGUCCGAUAUAAUGAGUGUGAAUUAUACGCGACAAUGGAUGUCACACAAUUGGCGUAAGAUACGGUUUUUUGUUUUCUGAAUCCGCAGUAUCGGAGAUUAGAUUCGUCGAGAUUACGCCGCUUUCAACUUCUGGUGACCGCAACGACGGGAAUCGUCCGAGACGCGAGUGAUGUGGCAAAAUAUUAAUUUUUCGGUGUCGAUCUUACAACAAUUGUACAUACUUUCGCUCGUAGGAUACAUUGGCCGUGACUGUGAAUAUUUGUUACUAAAAAAAAAACGAGCGUGACUAUUUCUCUUAAUUGUUCUAUUCGCACGUCUUUUCUCUCCUGACUCCAUUUUAAACUGAGAAAUUAUCUCCAAUUAAAAUCAACAAGUAUACUUGGUAAAUAUUUUUCAUCUCGUGUCACGAUUAUUUUCCACGAUCGGUAAAUGAAGCUCGCGCUUGUUCCACUGUCGAAAUAUUUGUGGUAAGUUUGUCAAGCGCUACUGUUGCAGUAAUCGGGAAAAUACAAAAUUUAUUAGCCAACGGAUCGGAAUCGAAACGAUUGAGAACGGUGUGUUGUUUAAUAAAUGAAAUAAAUUCUCGACGGCGUAAAAAUGGCGAUCGCCCGAGCAGUCGACGGCUCGCGGACCCGACGAUCGAUCGCUUGAUUCGGCUUUUAAACUGUCAGGCAGAACCGCAAAGACAAUCCGGCUGCGCGCUCAUCGUGCCGCGGAACAGAAGCAGUGACUAUGUGACAGUUUUGUGAUUAGAUUGACCUCAAUACGCGCUGGACAUCCGGACGUACUCACGAGAGUGCUUUUAUCCUUAACGUUCUGAUCGAAUGUCAGCGAGUGCCUCGCGAUAACAAGUGACUCGAGAUGAUCGGAAAAAACUCUAUCUUACCUUCCGGACUAGUCUGCUGGGUGAUCCAGAGAAAAGUGACGUUUCGACGAUCGGUGCGGCGACAGUGAAACGUUUGCGGGUCCAUCGCGAGAAUUGUCACGGUGAUCGAAGGGGCUCUUUGGUGAUGUACGACAGCGCUAGCUGUUCGUACGCAGGUGCGCUCGAAUUAAAGGGAGCCUCCGGGGCCGGAGCCGCGGCCGCGGCCGCCGCCGGUGUAACCGCGGCCGGUGUCAAGCAGGAAAACUGGCCGUACCGCGGUCUCACUUGCGGUAGCACCUUUCAACGACUUAAGGAAAGCGUCGACAAGGCGAAACAGGCCCUCGCCGAUCGCAGCGGUUACCUGGCGGGUGCGUUUUCGCCGCCACCGCGCGCCAACCCGUCCGCCAUUUCGCCCACCGCCUCCAUCACCGAUGCCGGCAGCUCUUACAAGGGAGGCUGGAGCCACGCCACGUCGCCGGCACCUGGCCAGGGCUAUGGAAGCAGCUUAUCAAAGACAGCACUGGACACGCACAGCCAUCUCAGGCAGCCUGAUCCCUACCAAAUGUUCGGGGCGACGAGUAGUCGGCUCGCGAGCUCUGGUUCCGGACAGAUACAGCUCUGGCAGUUUCUACUCGAGCUCCUGUCGGACUCGAGUAACGCCGCGUGCAUCACGUGGGAAGGAACCAACGGUGAAUUCAAGUUGACCGACCCCGACGAGGUGGCGAGACGAUGGGGCGAGAGGAAAUCCAAGCCUAAUAUGAAUUACGACAAAUUGUCGAGGGCUCUGAGGUACUACUAUGACAAGAACAUCAUGACGAAGGUGCACGGCAAGAGGUACGCGUACAAGUUCGAUUUCCAGGGGCUGGCAGCCGCAACGCAGCCGGCGGCGGCCGAUCCGGCGGCAUACAAAUACCAGAGCGAGCUGUUCAUGUCCGGUUACGGCCACGCCAAGCUGAACCUAAUGCCACCGCCGGCGGCGUCGGUCUCGGUUUCCGUUCCCGGCGGCCUCUUCCAAUCGGCAUCGAGCUACUGGUCGACGAGCCCGGGCGCCAACUUGUACGCCGGCCAUCACACGGCCUCCGGACACGUGCCACCUCAUCUCGGCACCUAUCCACAUUAUGCAUGACCCGCCGCCGAGCACUGGGGUGCCCUGGGCACACCGCGUUAAAACGUUUCUACUGAAAAAAAAAGAAAAAGUACGGAGCCGCAUCCGCCACCGUCGCCGUCACCACCGCCGUCGGCGGCGCAUGAAAUCGUAAAUUGCGCACCACUCGGCCCCUUAUCCCGCCCCCGCAGGCUCGGCUGCACAUUGUUUCAGGUAUUUGCACGAAUCUGUCCGUACCGCGUAACAUACUUGCUUGCAACAUUAUCCCUCUGUGACGGAUUUCAAAGCAACUGUCGCAUCGUCUAACGACCUAAAAUGAAUGCGAGUAGCGCAGAAGCUGGUCCGACGAUUAGGUUAUGUUGCCUUCUUUCCCCUCUGUACUUGGAAAAGCAUGAUUAAAUAUGCAAGCAAUGUUGUGUCUGCUACACUUUCAACGUAUAAUAAUCUCGUCUCGACAGUGUUCGAUAACGCUCAGUAAUUUGCUUGGUUUGGUAGGUUCUCUCUUAACCGCGCCGAAAAUACCCAGUGAAAACAGCCGAAUCAAAGUGACGUCAAAAUGCUAUCAAAUUGAUGAAAGAUAUGAGUAGUCAAAAUAAUGGCCAAAUGAUGAUAAUUUGACUGCAAAAUGUUCCAUGCCUUGAUUUAGACUGUCAUUUUGAUGUUUGAUGUCAAAAGUAAACAAUUACUCUCUACGGGAAUAAAUGCAAAACUAAAACAAAAUGAUAUUGAAUAGGAAUAUACAGGGUGUUACGUAAUAUUCGCCUCACCUCUUAUUUGCGGAUAGAGUGGACUAGACUAAGUCGAAAAGUCCUCCACCAUUCUGCAAGUUUCGAAAUAGUUAACGAGUUGUUAAUUAUUAAAAAUCACUGUCUUAGCCCGGCCUACCGCCCAAUUCAAGCGCGCGACGAGAUGCGGCCGUCCCGCGAUUGGCGUUGCUAGGCGCGCGGAGGUUUUUUAUGACACAACCUCUGUGAAGUUAGUUCCUCAUUAUUUAAAAUUUUAUUUUUUUAAGAGUUCUGUAUAGAUUUACAAUAGUUUCAGAGUUCUUGACAGGUUUAAGAAAUAGUUCUGGCCAUUUAAGGCAUAAAAAUAAACUUCGAAAAUCUGACACACGGUAACGGCUACGUAUAAUAAACAACUCCUCGCGCGCCUAGCAACGCCGAUCG